AUGGGAGUGUUCGACAUACUUUCCAAGCAGGAUUCUGAGUUCACAGCCGCCAAUAUUGCAUCGGACCUAGGAAUUGACACCCUUCUCGUGGAACGUGUCAUGCGCUUCUUGGCCGUUAGUGGACUUGUGCAUAUCACACCCACCAACGCCUAUACGUCAGAUCCAUGCGUGAAAUAUUUCAGUCAGGGCGGAUAUAUGCGAGACCAAAUGAUCUUUCUCCAUCGCCUCCUACUAAGUGACGUGCAUUACCAAGUGUUUCCCAAGCUGGCUGGUUUUCUGGCUGACACCAAAUACCGAUCACCCGACGAUGCCGACUCAGGACCAUUUCAAGUGGCCAUGAAUACAACUGAGCACUUCUUCGAGUGGCUGGGAAAGCGAGAUAAGCAACAGACUGCUUUCAACAAUCUUAUGCAGAGCAGUCGUGGAAGGAAAUACCUUGUCAAAUGGCCAGAGAUCUUCCCUGCUGGAGAACAGCUUUGCCGUUUCCGAGGUCUCACUCCCUCCAAUCACAUCCAGUUUGUGGAUAUUGGAGGCGGAGUGGGCCAGGAAAUCGAAGCCCUUGUUGACUCAGUACCAGAUCUAUCGGGUACCUUCAUACUGCAGGAUAUCCCUGAGGUUGUAGCAAGCUGUGUCCUGGCCAAACGAAACGCGUUCCUAAAAACGCAAGAGUUUCAGAUUAUGGAACAUGACUUCUUCCAGCCCCAGCUGGUGAAAGGUGCUGACUUCUACUUUCUUGGUCGUAUCUUGCACGAUUGGCCUGAUGUCCAGGCUCGCCAGAUUCUCGGCCAUAUUAGGGAUGCUAUGGACGAACACUCGGUUCUUCUUGUUCAUGAUCGUGUUCUCCCGGAUUGUGCAAGCGAGGUAUACCCGAAAGAUGUUCAAGCUGACUUUAUUAUGAUGGUUAUAUUUUCUUCUUUGGAGCGCACCGAGUCACAGUUUAGGGACCUGUUCGAGUCAGUUGGUCUCGUGCUGUGCCGGGUAUGGAGACCGAAGAAAUGCCUGGAAUCCAGACAAGCAGUGUUGGAAAUUGUGAAAGAGAAAUCGUCUCCUUCCAUUAUAUUGCCGUUGAGCGCAUGA